AUGUAGAGAGUGUCAAUCAAAGGCAGAGCUCUCAGAGCUGGGAAGGAGGCUCUAGAUGGCGGCUGUGCCUUAGAGAGAGCGCGCUCUGCUCCCUGCCUUCGCCUCACUUUACGCAACUUUCCCUAACUUUCAGGCAGCCUCAGGGGGCCCCCGCAGCCCCCUGCCUGUCCUAGUGACUUACUGGGGUCGAUUCGAACCUUUUUUAGGGAGAAAAGCAGCUUUUGGGAGCUUUCUUUUCGUGCCUUGUUGGAAAGAAGCAGCCGUACUGAGAGCCCAGGUCGUUGUUUUUUCCAGCUUAGAAGCCAUGGCGCACCUCCAUUUUUGUGCGCUCUCCUAAUGAGGUUUUUUUUCUUCCGGACCCGUUUCAGGAUUAAUUGUUGCUGUAUUUUUUUGACCAGUUAACAUAUUUGAGGAUAAUUUUAUUUAUUUUUUGUUUUUUAACGGAGAAUUUUGUUUUUAUUUUUAAUUAUUUGGAUCUGAUAUUUUUCUACUACUAGAUAGGACUCUUGCUUUGGACCUACUACAUGGAUCAGUAAAUACCUGGGCACAGGACUUCAAAGCAAACACAGAUUCCCCCUCCCCCUUAAUAUUUAAGAAUUAAAAGAUGAUGAGAAAUAAGGACAAAAGCCAAGAGGAGGACAGUUCGCUACACAGCAAUGCAUCGAGUCAUUCGGCAUCUGAAGAAGCUUCGGGUUCAGACUCAGGCAGCCAGUCGGAGAGUGAGCAGGGCAGCGAUCCAGGAAGUGGACAUGGCAGCGAGUCAAACAGUAGUUCUGAAUCUUCGGAGAGUCAGUCAGAAUCUGAAAGUGAAUCGGGAGGUUCCAAAUCCCAGCCAGUUCUUCCAGAAGCCAAAGAGAAGCCAGCCUCUAAGAAGGAACGGAUAGCUGAUGUGAAGAAGCGUAGUCAUUGCUUAAUGAUGUGGGAAGAAUAUCCUGAUGUUUAUGGGGUUAGGCGGUCAAACCGAAGCAGACAAGAACCAUCACGAUUUAAUAUUAAGGAGGAGGCAAGUAGCGGGUCUGAGAGUGGGAGCCCAAAAAGAAGAGGCCAGAGGCAGCUGAAAAAACAGUCUUACGUGCAUGUUCUUUCAAGCUUGUUUCCUGUGAAACCACUUCUCUCCAGUUUGACUGUAGAAAAAUGGAAACGGGAACCCUCAGAAGAUGAACAGGAACAAGGCACCAGUGCAGAGAGCGAACCAGAGCAAAAAAAAGUGAAAGCCAGAAGACCUGUCCCCAGAAGAGCAAUGCCCAAACCUCGUGUUAAAAAGCAACCUAAGGCUCAGCGUGGAAAGAGGAAAAAGCAAGAUUCUUCUGAUGAUGAGGAUGAAGAUGAUGAAGCUCCCAAAAGGCAGACUCGCCGCAGAGCGGCUAAAAAUGUUAGUUAUAAAGAAGACGAUGACUUUGAGACUGACUCAGAUGACCUCAUUGAAAUGACUGGAGAAGGAGUUGAUGAACAGCAGGAUAAUAGUGAAACUAUUGAAAAGGUCUUAGAUUCAAGGCUGGGAAAGAAAGGAGCCACUGGAGCUUCUACUACUGUAUAUGCAGUUGAAGCUAACGGAGACCCUAGUGGCGACUUUGAACCUGAAAAGGAUGAAGGCGAAGUCCAGUACCUCAUCAAGUGGAAGGGCUGGUCGUAUAUCCAUAGCACGUGGGAGAGUGAAGAGUCCUUACAGCAGCAGAAAGUGAAGGGCCUAAAAAAACUAGAGAACUUCAAGAAGAAAGAGGAUGAAAUCAAGCAAUGGUUAGGGAAGGUUACUCCUGAAGAUGUGGAAUAUUUCAACUGCCAACAAGAGCUGGCCUCAGAGCUGAACAAACAGUAUCAGAUAGUAGAAAGAGUAAUAGCUGUGAAGACGAGCAAAUCUACGCUGGGUCAAACAGAUUUUCCAGCUCACAGUCGGAAGCCAGCACCUUCCAACGAACCUGAAUAUCUAUGCAAAUGGAUGGGACUGCCCUAUUCAGAGUGCAGCUGGGAAGAUGAAGCCUUGAUUGGAAAGAAAUUCCAGAGCUGCAUCGACAGCUUCCAUAGUCGGAACAACUCAAAAACCAUCCCAACAAGAGAAUGCAAGGCCCUGAAGCAGAGACCACGAUUUGUGGCUUUAAAGAAACAGCCGGCAUAUUUAGGAGGAGAGAACCUGGAGCUCCGAGAUUAUCAGCUAGAAGGUCUCAACUGGCUUGCUCAUUCUUGGUGCAAAAGUAACAGUGUAAUCCUUGCUGAUGAAAUGGGCCUAGGAAAGACCAUCCAGACCAUAUCAUUCCUCUCCUACCUGUUCCACCAACACCAGCUGUAUGGCCCCUUUCUUAUAGUCGUCCCUUUAUCCACCCUCACCUCAUGGCAGAGGGAGUUUGAAAUCUGGGCACCAGAGAUUAACGUAGUGGUUUACAUAGGUGACCUGAUGAGCAGAAAUACGAUACGAGAAUAUGAAUGGAUUCACUGUCAGACCAAAAGGCUGAAGUUCAAUGCACUUAUAACAACAUAUGAGAUCCUCUUAAAAGAUAAGACUGUGCUGGGCAGUAUUAACUGGGCCUUUCUGGGAGUGGACGAAGCCCAUCGGUUGAAGAAUGAUGACUCUUUAUUGUAUAAAACUCUGAUUGAUUUCAAGUCCAACCAUAGGCUCCUGAUUACGGGGACCCCUCUUCAGAAUUCCCUCAAAGAGCUCUGGUCCUUGCUGCACUUUAUUAUGCCGGAGAAGUUUGAGUUCUGGGAAGAUUUUGAGGAAGACCAUGGGAAAGGGAGAGAGAAUGGCUAUCAGAGUCUUCAUAAGGUGCUAGAGCCUUUCCUUCUCCGGAGAGUGAAAAAAGAUGUGGAGAAAUCCCUUCCUGCCAAAGUGGAACAGAUUCUCAGGGUGGAGAUGUCAGCCCUUCAGAAACAGUAUUACAAAUGGAUUCUGACUAGGAAUUACAAGGCUCUUGCCAAAGGAACAAGAGGCAGCACAUCUGGUUUCCUUAAUAUUGUGAUGGAACUGAAAAAGUGCUGCAACCACUGUUAUCUCAUUAAACCUCCCGAAGAAAAUGAAAGGGAAAAUGGACAGGAGAUUCUUCUGUCCUUGAUCAGGAGCAGUGGGAAGCUGAUUCUGUUAGAUAAACUGUUGACAAGACUUCGAGAAAGAGGGAACAGAGUCCUUAUCUUCUCUCAGAUGGUGAGAAUGUUGGAUAUCCUGGCUGAGUACCUGACUAUUAAGCACUAUCCUUUCCAGCGUCUGGAUGGUUCCAUCAAGGGAGAAAUCCGAAAACAGGCACUGGACCACUUCAAUGCAGAUGGGUCUGAGGACUUCUGUUUCCUGCUCUCGACAAGGGCUGGUGGCCUGGGAAUCAAUUUGGCUUCAGCGGACACAGUCGUCAUCUUUGAUUCUGACUGGAACCCCCAGAACGACUUGCAGGCACAAGCCCGAGCCCACAGAAUUGGUCAGAAGAAGCAGGUAAAUAUUUACCGCUUGGUUACAAAGGGGACCGUGGAGGAAGAGAUCAUAGAACGGGCCAAAAAGAAGAUGGUAUUGGACCAUCUGGUGAUUCAGCGCAUGGAUACCACUGGCCGGACAGUUCUGGAAAACAACUCUGGAAGGUCCAAUUCAAAUCCUUUUAAUAAAGAAGAGCUGACAGCGAUUUUGAAAUUUGGAGCAGAGGAUCUCUUCAAAGAACUGGAAGGGGAGGAAUCAGAGCCUCAGGAAAUGGAUAUAGAUGAAAUUUUGCGCUUGGCUGAAACCAGAGAGAAUGAAGUCUCAACAAGUGCAACAGAUGAGCUUCUGUCACAAUUUAAGGUUGCCAACUUCGCAACAAUGGAGGAUGAAGAAGAACUAGAAGAGCGUCCUCACAAGGACUGGGAUGAGAUCAUUCCAGAGGAACAAAGGAAGAAAGUAGAGGAGGAAGAGCGGCAGAAAGAACUGGAAGAAAUUUAUAUGUUGCCUCGAAUUCGGAGUUCCACUAAAAAGGCUCAGACAAAUGACAGUGACUCUGAUACUGAGUCUAAGAGGCAGGCCCAGAGAUCCUCUGCCUCUGAGAGUGAGACAGAUGACUCUGAUGAUGACAAGAAGCCCAAGCGCAGAGGGCGCCCCCGAAGUGUGCGGAAGGACCUCGUGGAGGGAUUCACUGAUGCCGAGAUCCGGAGGUUCAUCAAGGCGUAUAAGAAGUUUGGUCUCCCUCUUGAACGGCUGGAGUGCAUAGCACGUGAUGCUGAGUUGGUAGAUAAGUCUGUGGCAGAUCUGAAGCGCCUAGGGGAAUUGAUUCACAACAGCUGUGUGUCAGCAAUGCAAGAAUACGAAGAACAGCUGAAAGAAAAUGCCAGCGAGGGGAAAGGACCAGGGAAAAAGAGAGGCCCAACUAUCAAGAUAUCUGGGGUUCAGGUUAAUGUGAAAUCUAUUAUCCAACAUGAAGAAGAGUUUGAGAUGCUGCAUAAAUCUAUCCCUGUAGACCCUGAAGAAAAAAAAAAAUACUGCUUAACCUGUCGUGUCAAAGCUGCACAUUUUGAUGUCGAGUGGGGAGUAGAGGAUGAUUCUCGCCUAUUGCUGGGAAUUUAUGAACACGGCUAUGGAAACUGGGAGCUAAUUAAAACGGAUCCAGAGCUUAAGUUAACUGACAAAAUCCUGCCAGUGGAGACAGAUAAAAAGCCCCAGGGAAAGCAGCUGCAGACCCGAGCGGACUACUUGCUGAAGCUGCUCAGGAAGAGUUUGGAGAAGGAGGGGGCCGUGACGGGCGGGGAAGAGGCCAAAUUAAAGAAGCGGAAGCCUCGAGUAAAGAAGGAAAACAAAGCACCGAGGCUGAAAGAUGAGCAUGGAAUUGAGUUUUCAUCUCCUAGACACUCAGAUAAUCCAUCAGAAGAGGGAGAAGUAAAGGAUGAUGGCUUAGAAAAAAGUCCAAUGAAAAAGAAACAGAAGAAGAAAGAGAACAAGGAGAACAAGGAGAAACAAAUGAGUUCUAGGAAAGACAAGGAAGGGGACAAGGAAAGGAAGAAAUCAAAAGAUAAGAAAGAGAAGCCUAAAGGUGGUGAUGCCAAAUCUUCAAGUAAAUCAAAGCGAUCUCAGGGUCCUGUCCAUAUUACAGCAGGAAGUGAACCUGUCCCCAUUGGAGAGGAUGAGGAUGAUGAUCUGGACCAGGAGACAUUCAGCAUAUGUAAGGAGAGGAUGAGGCCUGUGAAAAAGGCACUGAAACAGUUGGAUAAACCUGACAAGGGGCUCAGUGUACAGGAACAGCUGGAGCACACCCGGAACUGCCUGCUGAAAAUCGGGGACCGGAUAGCCGAGUGCCUUAAAGCUUACUCAGACCAGGAGCACAUCAAACUGUGGAGGAGGAACCUAUGGAUUUUUGUUUCCAAGUUUACAGAAUUUGAUGCUCGAAAAUUGCAUAAGUUAUACAAGAUGGCUCACAAGAAAAGGUCUCAAGAAGAAGAGGAGCAGAAGAAGAAAGAUGAUGCGAUUGGUGGUAAGAAACCAUUUCGACCAGAGGCCUCGGGUUCAAGCCGGGAUUCCCUGAUGUCUCAGUCCCACACCCCGCACAACCCUCACCCUCAGAAGCCUCAUUUGCCUGCCUCUCAUGGCCCACAGAUGCAUGGACACCCAAGAGAUAACUAUAGUCACCCCAACAAGAGACACUUCAGUAACGCAGAUCGAGGCGACUGGCAGAGGGAAAGAAAGUUCAACUAUGGUGGUGGCAAUAGCAAUCCACCCUGGGGUGGUGACAGGCACCAUCAGUAUGAGCAGCACUGGUACAAGGACCACCAUUAUGGGGACCGGCGACACAUGGACGCCCACCGUUCAGGGAGCUACCGACCCAACAACCUGUCCAGAAAGAGACCUUAUGACCAGUACAGCAGCGACCGAGACCACCGGGGACACAGGGAUUAUUAUGACCGGCACCAUCACGACUCCAAACGGAGGCGAUCCGAUGAAUUCAGGCCUCAAAAUUACCACCAGCAGGAUUUCCGACGAAUGUCUGAUCACCGCCCACCUAUGGGCUACCACGGCCAGGGACCCUCGGACCAUCACCGCUCUUUCCACACAGACAAACUGGGGGAGUAUAAACAGCCCCUCCCCCCGCUGCACCCCGCAGUCUCAGAUCCUCGCUCGCCCCCUUCUCAGAAAUCUCCUCACGAUUCCAAGUCACCCCUGGAUCAUCGGUCUCCUUUGGAGAGAUCACUAGAACAGAAAAACAACCCAGAUUAUAACUGGAAUGUUAGAAAAACAUAAAGGACAGUUUGGAAAGAAGGGGAGUGCAAGAGUCAUUAAGCACCUGGAUGUUUUCGGUCUGAUCCACAGGAGCCAGUUAUCUAGACCAGUGAUGGCGUUUCUGGACACGCGGCUGCUGUCAGCUCGCCGCUGAAGGAGCACUGCAGGGAGUGGGGGGCCUUUCGCUCGGUCCAGCUUUGAUUUGGGUCACCACUCCCGCACUUGGGCACCCCAUCCCAUUCCAGCCUCGUCCUGGCCUCCCACUUUGAUGGGUGCUAGGAGGAAGAGGUGACGUUUUGUCUACCAGCUUCACGGGCUGUUCCCCAGUGAAGGAAGAAAGGAUCUUAAGA